GAGUGCCGCUGAAACUGCAGUGAACUCUGACCCGUGUGCACGGCCGACCUCGCCGCGCCCGCGCGCUACAAAAAGGCCCUCUCGCCUUCCUGCAGCGAGCCAGAGCCAAGCCAAGCAGCCGGUCUCCACUCCAGCAAGUUAGGUCUGUGCGCGCGUGUCGGCCAGCGAGGGAGAGAGGAAUGGCGGGGCGGGGAAGAGGCAGUGCGAGCAGCGUCGCCGCGGCGCUCCUGUGCGCGGCGGCGGCGGUGCUGCUCCUGGCGGCGGCGUCCGCCCCGGGCGCCGAGGCGGCGGGGGCGACGUACCUGGUGGGCGACGCCGCCGGGUGGACGCGCAACGUCGACUACGGCCAGUGGCUCGCCGGCAAGGCCUUCCACGCCGGCGACACACUCGUGUUCAAGUACAACACGACGUACCACGACGUGGCGUGGGUGAGCAAGGGCGGGUACCGGAGGUGCGUCGUGUCGCCCAAGGGCCGCGCCCCGGUGUACCGCACCGGCUACGACGCCGUCCGGCUGCCCGCCGGCACGCACUACUUCAUCUGCGGCGCGCCGGGGCACUGCCAGGCCGGCAUGAAGCUCGCCGUCAAGGUCUACUGAUACUGACGAGGUGACCAGCAGCCAGAGCCAGCCAGCAGGCGGCUGCUCUCCACGCCGGGGCGCCUGUGCUGUGACGUUUGGUACAUGGUGCUCGUGGUCGUGUCAUUGCACGCCCGUGUGCAACGACGUCUUUCUCCUUGCGUAGUUUCGCGUGUGGUUGCGAGCUGUGUUGUUCCAGUUCAUGUGGCACGUACGUAACAUUGCCUUCUAUAUAUGAUGAGUGAACCUGAUGCCUUCUCGAUCUCGAAAGGCCUCAGUUCUUGUUGGUGGAGCCAUGUUGGAGAGGGUAAAAGAAAAGAAAAAGUCAAACCGGUUUAUCGUGCCA